CGUUUGGAUCCAAGGGUAAACAAAUCCAUGAUUACAAAAAAGAAACAAAAUUAUUUGUGUUUAAAUGAAUGUAAACUUAGAUAACCAUGAUGGUUUGAUAUUACCACUGUGCGAAACUUGGAUAUUGGAGAUGAACUAAGAAGGAAAAGAGAUAGAUAAGGAAAAACAGAAGAAUAAACAAUAUGUCAAAACAGCCUGUUGUUAAACCUAAGACUGCUCCAAAAAGUCGUCCUUUCAGCGUCUCUAAGGAUGGAGCUAAUGCUAGAAAUGAUGUUCAGGAAAAUGGUACAGAUAAAGAUGAAGAGUUUGCUCGGCAGUUACAAGAGGAGAUGUUGAGAGAGCAGGAGGAAUCCGACGCCGACCUAGCCAGACGUCUGCAAGAAGAAGAACGAAGUAAACGUCCACCUGUUGUACACCCUCCACCUGGACGUCCGAUGAGUGCCACGCCCAUCAGACAGCUCUUUCAAACCAUGUUUGGUCUUAGACCAGAAGCUUUAGAGGUUGAGGCUGAGGAGGAUGAGUCUGAUACCCCAGCCAUGGACCCUGACUCUCCGGAGGCUGCAAAUGCAGCUGCAGCAACUGGGUCAUCCCCAAGGGGCCUUACCGGGGUCACUGGGGCCACAGCAGGAAGGGGAGAAGGGAGAGGCCUGGCAGGGAGAAGAGCAGUAGGGAGAUCCCCUGAGAGGGCCAGACGAGGAGGAUUAGCAAGGUCACCUGAGAGGCCAGUCAACAGGGGCAGAGGGUUAAGAAGGGCCUCUGCUGAAAACAGUGAUGGUAGUGCCCCUCCAGACCCCCAGAGUCCUGGGGAGGAUCCGCUUCCAGGUGUUAGGGUCAAUAAUGCGUUCAGGAUGGCACGCCAUCAUAGGCCUGGUCGAAGGAUUGUAUUGCACAGUACUAACCCUCCAGACCAGAAUGAGAGUCAGCCAAAUGUCAGGCCUAUAGGGGCAAUGAGACCCAUCUUAGGGGAAAGAGAAGCUACAAUGAACCUUCCGGACAAUGAGUAUGACCCAGAUUUCAUGGUGCUGGAUCUCGGGGCCGGAGAGAGACAGCGGGAAGCCAACUUCAUUAAUAUUAUGAGAGACCCAUUUCUAUUAAUGCUGUUAUUGAUGGGCCGGGAUCCAGGAUUUAUGGUACCAGAUGAUGUUGAUUUAAGUGAUUAUGAGGCAUUGUGGGGUUUGGCGGAGAGACUCGGUGAAGUGCGUAGUCGUGGAAUGAAAGAAGAGGAAAUAAAUAAAUUACCGACACGAGUAUAUCGUCGGAAGCCAGGAAGUAAGGAGAAAGAGGAGACUUGUAGUAUAUGUAUAUCAGAAUAUAAAACCGCUGAUAAUGUUCAGAUGUUACAAUGUCGGCAUGAAUUCCAUAAAGAAUGUUUACUGGAAUGGUUAAAACGUAAUGCCACAUGUCCAAUAUGUAGACAAGAUGUAAAGAAGAGUAGCUAAUGUUGUCACUGGUAAAGGAAUUGUUCACUAUCAUUUUUCUUUAACAUACUUACAUUGCUGGCUCAAUGUAGCUCUAGAAAUUUAACAUUCCCAGUUUUCCAGGCUCCUAAAUGAAAAAAAAUCUUGAAUUUGUAUACCAGUCAUGGAAUGCAGCCUUGCCAGUGCUCGAAUACAACCAAUCAGAUGCAGGAGUUUCUAGACUGGUCUUCAAAUGUUUUAAAAUUCUUGAAUUUGAAAAAGCUAUUCCUAUGUUACCAGUACUCCAGAGAGGAGACUUGUUUUUUGCUGAUGAAUGAAAAUAUGUGAAUGUUUUUAUGGCUGUUACAGAAAUUUUCAUGAAGAGUAUGAAAUUUGCAAUUUCUGCAAUAAACCAUGAAUUUGAAGUUUUUACAAUAUUAACAUGAAUGGCAGCUUCUUUGAAUGGAAGAUAUAUUGCUGUCUGUAAGGCACAGAAAACAAUGUUUUUUUGAAAUAUCAAAGUAAAAAAAAAGAAUUUAGAAUAGCAAAUUAUAUUGUAGACACUUUCAAUCUGCUGUGAUAUGACUGUUUAGUUUAUGCAAAUUUAGGUUUCAGAAUAACUUGUGCCAAAUAUUAUUUGAGCUUUUAAAGAGAAUUCCUAUAGUUUUUUUCCUUUCAUAGAAUUUUUUUAAAUUCACAUAUAUGAUAGGAAAAUCUGUGCUGAAAACAAUGAACAAAUAAAAACAUUAGGUCACCAGGCUUGUUUUUGUGAAAAAUUGUUUUGAACACACCCACUGUUGCUGAAACUGCCAGCGAUUUUUCAACAUUUUCAUAAUUUUCUGCUUUUUUAUAAAUACCAACCAAAAUAUACAUCCAGGCAGCACAAUACGGUUUUUUCUUUUUACAGAUUUUAUUAUAUACUUAUUUGAUAUCAUAGUCAUAUUUGUAAUACUCUAUCCUUACAAUAAUGGGUACAAAUGAAAAAAAAAAAUGUUUCAUAUUUACUUUUGUGAACGUUUUUCUAUGAAAAAUACCCAUAGUGAAGAAUAUUUUUUUAAAUUUUGAAAAAACUCUUUCAUAGAUUUUUUUCUUUUUCGUCUUGUGUAUAGAUAAUUGUAUUGUGAGCAUAAAAAUGGCUAAAAAUGUAUGGGUCACCAGGCUAAAUUUUAUGUUAAGACCGCCAGAAUACAACACCUGUUCGGACGGAAAUGGCGCGAACCUGAUCAAAUUGAUUACAUGUAUGUCUGCUAAAAGUUAAAAAAAAGUUUUAAAAAUUCUUAAUUCUUUCUAUAAUUGAAUACUAAAUAAUCUGAAAGGUGAUAUUGUCUUAUCAGUACUAAGUCAGUUAUCUUACAUUAUAUGAACAACACUGUCUUUGUACUAAAAUGCGAUGUGAAAACACAACCACAAAAAUAGCAAGGUACCUGUCAGGCAUGAUACUUGUCAAAACAACACCAUUUGAUUACUGAUAUAACUCAUCAAAAAUGUUAUUUCAUUCAAAAUUCCUCAUAUUUAAGAUUGUCUGUAACAUGUUUCAACAAAUGUUGACUUCAGUUCAGUUUUCCAUAGAAAGUGUUGGAUGCGCAGAAAGAUGCGCAUAAAAAACUGUAGGAAUUCCCUUUAAGAAUUGUGUACUUUAAGUACUUUGAUUAUCAAAUGGAAAAAGUAAAGUCUGUAUCACAUCAAUCUAAGAAGAGAGUUGGAAGGCAGAACUCAUUCUCUCUCUUAAUCGUUAUUCAUCUAUACUGCCUUUUUUUUCUGAAUAUGAUCAUGUUUUUUGAUCAGAUUUCACAUGUAAAUUAUGUGGAUAUAAAUAUUUAUCAAAAAUUUUUUUAUCUGUUAUCUUCUUGUUAAACUUUUUGAAGUUAAGCUUAAGGCUUGUUGUUUUAUAUCGCUUUUAUACCAGAUUGUUACACCUCCUUGUUUUGUAAAUACUUUACUCAUACUGAGGUUUAAAAUGAGUUGUUUUUUUUUCGUACUGUCUCUUAAUAUUUUUAAUCUUGGCCUAAAUAUGAUGUGAGCCGUGCCAUGAGAAAACCAACAUAGUGGCUCUUUGCGACCAGCAUGGAUCCAGACCAGCCUGCACAUCCGCGCAGUCUGGUCAGGAUCCAUGCUGUUCUCUUUCAAAGUCUAUUGCAAUUAGAGAAACUGUUAGCGAACAGCAUGGAUCCUGUCCAGAUUGCGCGGAUGCGCAGGCUGGUCUGGAUCCAUGCUGGUCACAAAGCCACUAUGUUGGUAUCCCAUGGUGCGGCUCAUGUUAUCUUUAUGCCCAGCUGAGUCAGGAAUAAAAUGUGGCUGUUGAAUGUGCUGUAUCUAUACAUUAUUGUAUGUUAUGUGAAAAUGUUGGGACAUACAUGUAUACUGUAUUUGAUAAGCAUAUGCAUAAAAUUUAAUAUCAUGUAGUGAUAAAUAUACACUUGAAACUUUAGUCAACCUGUGAGAGAAUGGUGAACUUCUGUUGUGCAGUUUAUAUAAAAUAUCCGUCCAUUAUUUUAUAUUAUUGCUCAAAUCUAAUAAUGCUCUAUGUUUUUAUGAACUGAGUUGUUCGAAUAUUUUAUUUCAUCUUAAAGACAAAACAGAAAAUAUGUGAAGAAUGUGUAGAAUAGAAAUAACAGCUUUAUGUAUAUUAGGUAUAGAAUAGAAUUGUUAGAAAUGGUACUGAAAAUGAUAGUAGGCUACCAUGAUAGUAGAUUUACAUCAGAAGUUGUAACUGUAACUGAAAAUGACAUGCUAAUGUUUUUGGUAGGUUUUACAAGUGCUUUUUGAGUGUGUAUGAUGAAAUUAUUUGAUUUUAAUUGUAAUAUUGUAAUGUUCUGAUAUUCAGAUUUUUUACUGCUUGUCCUGCAAAUAUUUGAACCUGCAGUUUGAAACCACAGCCUAUAUAUUGUGGAUUCAUUUAAUUUCUUAUAUGCAUUAAAUUUUGUAGAUUUUGGCCAAAACAGCUAAAUUGUGGUGAUAUGAAUUUGUGGAUUUAAGCUUUUGAACAAAAAAACUGAAUGGAUGUAGUGUCUAUUCAUUUGGUUUGAUUUAGAGGAUUCAUGCUACCUUAUGAAAUUGAAAAUUAAUGAUAUCAUAUUAGAGUAAACUUAAUCAUUUUAAAACCAGCCAAAACAUCAAAUACAGCCUCGACAUUGGAUAAUUUGAACAAGCCCUUCACGUGAAGUCAUUGUCCCUGUAUAAAGUAUAUUGUCUGAUAGCUCAAGAUCUACUGAUAACUCUUAACAGAUUUUCAAGUUCGAGCAAAGUAUGACUGUAUCUGUAUCACAAUGUGUUGGUUUGUUGUUACAUGAAGAUUUACCUCUAGGCAUACAUACAUUAAAUUGGUAUUUGCAUAUCUAGUGUUUUUUUGUUUCGUUAUAUUGAAUUAAGUGGUUCACUUUGCAUGUUGAGGGAUUUAAUGACCGUGUCUUGUUUAGCAGUUUGAUAGUUUAGCAACAUACUUUGAAAACUCAUUUUCUUGAUGGUUUUUACCUUUACCCUACUAAAUUUCUAAAAUGGACUGGUUCAUCAUUCAGUCUGGGCAGUGCCAUUUAUUAUUUGAAGGGGUAUUCACUUAAAAUUAUCUGACUGUAUAACUAACAGUGCAGAUCAUGAUCAGUCUGCAAGGAUGUGCAGGCUGAUCUUGGUCUGCACUGGUAGCAAAGGCAGAAUCACUUGCUGCUAGCAGGCUAAAGGUUUAUUGGGGGAAAAGGAUUUGAAUUGUCGAAAUAUAUGUAAUAUAAAAAUCAGGUAACCAUAUUAUUUAAGUUCUUAUAAGGGCAGGGGUGGUCUAGUAUUUAAGGUGUCAGUCACUCAACCUGGGGGUCAUGGGCCUCUUUUGGGGUCGCCAAAAAGAGUGUUAAUAAAUGGUUAGAGGAGCAAGGAAUUGAAGACAUAGGCCUUCCAGUCUGACCACAGAAUCCACAUUGUUGGAUUAAAUAACAUUAGGGUUAAGCAUUUUAAAUGUUGUGUUAAUUGUUUUUAUUAAAUAUUCUAGGGACAAAUUAAACCGGCUUUUCUUAGGUACCGUAGUAUUACAUAUUUUUGUUUGAAAAAAAAACUAGAUGCUACAUUUUAUAACAUUCAAAUAAAUGAAUGAUUUUAAAAAGUCUUAUCUGUUAAGUUUUCCAAUAUAGGUACAUGUUUUUUCAAUCCAAGUUUUCAAAGACUUACGUUUGCAAAAAUUAUUACAAAAAAUCUGGCACAAAUAGUUUUUGAUUUACUGUAAACAACUCUACAAGUACUGAAUGAGAUUUAGAGAAUCAGUGAGAGGGAGUUUGAUGAAUGAGAAUCAGAACUCUUGUUCAAUACUGAUAUACAGAAAGGAAAUGCAGAAUGCAUGAUUAAUAAUCAUUCCGCAGAUGAAAUGCAGAAUUAAUUCCCAUUUUGUACAUUUCUACGGGUAUCUAUAUCACAUAAUGCAUAAAGAUCACUUUACAAAGCCCUGUCUAUCAGCAUCUUUCUAUUCCAUCAGUAACCUUGUUUAAACAUACAAACUGUUUGUAGUACUUUGUAUAAAUCUAGUGUUACAAUUUAGAAUUUUCAAAUAUAUUUUUUGUCAAGUAAGAGAAUUAUUUAUUGCAUUGAUCUAUAGAUAAAGCUUAUGCAGGUCUAUACUAUAAUUGUCAUGUUAAGAGGUACUAAAAUUUAUGACACUUGAAUGAUAUACAGUGUGUUUUAAAUAAAGGGUCAGAGCGAAAGUGUUCUAAGAGCAUGAAAUAAAGAAACACUUAGGACUGUCUUGCUGUCAUCCCUAGAUGUGCAGCUGCUAGAUAUAGGCAGAUCUGGUGGAACGAAUUUGGUUCUCUUUUUUUUCUCAUAUACUGUCUAUGACCUUGAGAAAUGAAAACAGUAUUAAAUAUUCUGACUUUGUUCCUUGUUUCAAACCAUCAAACCAUCUGGGACACUACUACUUUCAAAAAAAUUAUUUCUUUUGUGAUAACAGUUGAAAAUUUUUAGGUCAAUUUUAAUUUGAAAGUCACUUUCUGAGGAACAAACUCGAUUAAACCGAGUCUGCUAUUAUUUUGCUCGCUUGCAUUCUGUACUUCGAAAGGAUCUUCUAACAGAUUUGUUUACAAAGUACAAUUUUUAAAUAAUUUUUAAAGGAUUUCAUACCUACCUAAAGAAAUGUGAAGGAGUUGCUGUAAAUUAUUCCUAUGAAUAAAAUAGGGUUAAAAAACAUGAUAACAUCAACGUAAUGAAAAGUAUAAAUUGUUACAUUUUUUCUGACCUAGUUUCAUUGAGGCAUAAUAUAGUUUCAUAAUGAUGAUGCAUUAAAGCUUCACCAUAUGAUACUAUAAUAAUUAUUUAGUAAAAUUUUCUAGAUUUUUUUACAUGUUUAGUAUAAUUUUCAGCUUUAAGGCUUAGUUUAAGCUUAUCCUGGGAGAAGUUUAAAUGCUAGUAGGAAUUAAUUCAUGUUUGUUUGGUUACAGACAAACAUAAUAUCAAGACCAUAUCUUAGGGGGUGAAAAGGUGGUCAUUACUUGCAGGUGAUCUGUAUCCAUAGGUGGAAAUAGAUUGAAAAUAAUUAACUGGAAAUUAGGCUAGUAUUCAGUUGAGCUUCAGAUGUACCUGUUCACUGCUAGUCUCUGUCCAUGUGCUGUUUUUGUUCACUACUUGUCUCUGUUCACAGAUGGUCUCCAUUCACAGGUGGUAUUUGUUCACAGAUGGUCUCUGCUCAUGUUGGUCUUUGAUAACAAGUUGUCUCUGUUUGCAAGUGGCUUACAUUUGAUCUCUGUUCACAGGUUGUCUCUGUUCACAGGUGAGGUAUGUUUGCUUACAUGUGAUCUCUGUUCACAGGUUGGAUAUGUUUUCUUACAUGUGAUACCUAUUCACAGGUGGUCUCUGUUCACAGGUGGAGGUAUGUUUGCUUACAUUCAGUCUCUGUUCACAGGUCCUUUCUGUUCACAGGUGGGGUAUGUGUGGUCACAUGUGAUAUCUGUUCACAGGUGGUCUUUGUACACAGGUGGGGGUAUGUUUGCUAAUAUGAGAUCUCUGUUUGCAUGUUGUCUCUGUUCACAGGCCUGGUAUGUUGGCUUACAUGUGAUCUCUGUUCACAGGUGGGGGUAUUUUUGCUUACAUGUGGUCUCUGUUCACAGGCGGGGUAUGUUGGCUUACAUGUGAUAUCUGUUCACAGGUGGUAAUUGGAGAGAAAAACAGCAGUAAGGUAACACUUUAUCUGAUAAUACCUCCUAGUUUUUGUUUCAGUAUUCCUAGAUUUUCGUAGUUUUUUCCUAGUUUUCUGCGUGAAAAAUUCCUAGUUUUCUCCUAGUAUUUUCAAAUUUAUUGCUGGAGAGCCGGCUUACAUGUGGUCUCUGUUCACAGGUGGGUUAUGUUUGCUUACAUGUGACCUAUGUUCACAGGUUGUCUCUGUUCACAGGUGGGGUAUGUAAGCUUACAUGUGAUCUCUGUUCACAGGUUGUCUAUGUAUUGGAACUUCUGAAAAUGUCAGAAUGUUUGUCUUAAAAAGUCUUGUUUCAAGUUUGAAACUGGUUUACCAUGGUUCAAAAAAGGGGGUCAGGUGAGCGAUCUAGGGCCUACAUGGCUCUCAUAAUACAUUGUAUGAUUUAGGAUUUUUACACUGAUGUAUACUGACAUGACAAAUCUUCUUUGAAGAAAUGAUCUGGAAUAUCAUGUUUCUGAUAAAUAUAUAUUAUAAAAUAUCAUAGUCAAAAGAUAAAUAUACUUAAGGUAGAUCAUUUUUUGUGUGAACAUUUCUGAUUAAUGAAAGUAGGAUAUGCUGUUAAAAUCUGAAUAUUUCUAUAUUUGAGCCACUCCAUGAGAAAUCCAACAUAGCGCAUUUGCGACCUGCAUGGAUCCAGACCAGCCUGCGCAUCCAUGCAAUCUGGUCAGGAUCCAUGCUGUUUGCUUUCAAAACCUAUUGCAAUUAGAGAAACUGUUAGCGAACAGCAUGGAUCCUGACCAAACUGCGCAGAUGCGCAGGCUGGUUUGGAUCCAUGUUGGUCGCAAAGCCACUAUGUUGGUUUUCUCAUAGUGCGGCUCAUUUGUAAACUACCAGCAAAAUGUUAUUUGGUGGUGUUUCGUCUGUGGUAUUCCUGCUAAUGAAAAAAAUGCUCAGACUUUAUUGAAGUAACAAAAUUUAUAGAAAUAUUGAAAUAGUAUUAUUGAAAUAACAAACAGAAUUUAUGUAACCCAUAAAGAACGAACUUUAUGGAAGUAAUGAAUAACGCAUGUCUAAAUAAUAAAAACAUUUUAGGUUUUAUUUUAUAUGUUACAUUACCAUUAAGUGUAUAUGUUCUUAUUUUAUCACUUUAUUACAUUUAUUUAUUUUGCUGUUUGUUGUUGACACUUUUUAUGGGGAAGUUAUAUACAUGUGUGUAUUUUAAUAAGGAUUCUGUAUAAUGAAACUGAAUUUAGGAACCAGUCUUAAUAUUCAGUAUUGUCAUUGGUCAAGUUCAAGACUGGUCCCAGAAUCAGCCAAUCAGAUGCUAGAGUUUAUGACUGGUCUCCCUCUCUUUCAACCUUUGAACCUGGUUUGCUGUUUCUGAGCUCAGUCCAAAAAAUGACCAAAUUGAAUGAUACUGCUGCAUAUUAAGACUAGUAUUCUAAUCUCAGAUUUAUAACUUAAGAACAAAGUUUUGUAUAAAAUGUUAUGCACAUUGCACCCGUACAGGCAGUUCUUAAAAAAAGUUUGUGAUGGAAAGUUAUAUAUUGCAAAUUGCACUUGCUUGCAAAAGCCUUGUUUAUUUAUGAAAUAUUUUUAUAUACAUUUUAGAAUGUGAUGAAUACAUUUACAUUUGUAUUAUGUUAAAUUAAGAUGCUGUUUUCAAAAAGUUGUGUAUUCACUGUUGAGAGACAUUGUUAUGUGAAAAAUAAAAGGUAUCUGAUA